UACAGAGCGUACGCGAAGGCAGCACCCCUGUGCUUUUAUUUUGAAAGUGUGUUUGCGGACGUCGUUCCCCGUCGUCCCGCACCAGAGCAGGAGACCACCGACUCCACAACAAACUACCAACAACCCCCCGGAGCGUGCUCUCUCCUCCCGGCCUCUCUCUGCCCCUGCAGCCCUGCAGGACGUUGCUUUCUUCCGCCGGUCCCUGAACGCCCCGCCGCAGGAUGACCAGCUACCAGGCGUUCCGCCGCCAGCUCACGGCCGUCAUGGAGGCUCUGUCCCGGGCUGCGGUGGCGGAGAUCUGCGGGCUGGUGGACGACAGCUCCGCGGGGCUGCGGAUGGAGAUCUCCCGCAGCCGCAAGGAGAACGAGGCGCUGCGGAGGAAGCUGGAGCUGAUGGAGACCGUCUGCAUAAGGGAGCACCGGAGGAGGAACACCACCAGCAGCAGCAGCAGCACCACCGGGCCGCUGGAGGACUGCUGCGGGCUGCAGGAGACCGGCGGCCGGGGACGAACGCGUUCCUCUCCCGAGCAUGCCUCAUCAGCUGCAGUGGGGGCCAAACAGCUGAAGGGGAAUCUCAAAAGAAGUGGAAGGGUCCCCACGUUGGAGGCCACGACAGAGCUGACCCCUGCUGCCAAAGAGGAUUCUUCGUCAGGAGCUGCUGCAGAGGAGCCGGAGGACCAGGAUGUAGUUUUGAUAAAGGAGGAGCUGGCUAAAGAGGAGGUGAACAACAACAACAACGCUGAAGACGAGCUGCUACUCAACGAGGACGGAACGGAGGUGCAGCUGUCAGAUACAGACGACAGUGAAGAAGGACCCUCUGGGAUGAUGGUCCGCUCCGCAGCGGCCGCCCUGAGGCUUUGGGAUCCGAACAGUGACGGGCUGUCGGAGCAUCGGGGUACCCACAGUGCACCGGGGUCUCCGGGCCCCGUGGGCGGCGCCGAGAGCAGCUCCUCAGACGUGGCCUUUGACUUGGCCUCGGAGUCGGACUGCGAGGCUCCCUCUGCUGUCCGGACGAGGAGGCACUUCGCGCUCGGGUCCGGAGGAAGCCCUGCAUCCGAUCUGCAGCGGGGCACGACCCUGAUCAGCUCCCUCCCCUACGACUCAGACCUGGAUCUGUGCUCCUCAUGGACCAGUCAGGGCCUGCCGGGCAUGGCGCCUCUCCUCCCUCUACGGUCGCCGUCAGACUUCAACGUCGCCGCUGGUUUCCCCUCGCCGCUCGGCCUCGGCGUCUCCAGGCUGGACCCGCUGGAGCUGAACCGGUUCUGCAGGGACAACAACAGGCGCUUCGUCUGCAGCUACUGCGGGAAGUGCUUCACGUCGUCCCGCAGCCUGGAGACACAUGUGCGUGUUCACACGGGCGAGCGGCCGUACAGCUGCGCCCAGUGCGGGAAACGCUUCACGCAGUCGGGACACCUGAAGACGCACCAGAGCGUCCACACGGGGGAGCGGCCGUUCGCCUGCGAGCAGUGCGGGAAGAGGUUCGCCGGGAAGCAGAACCUGAGGAUCCAUCAGCAGAAGUACCACGGAUCGGAGCAGAACGACGCUCCCGUUUAACACCAAACACUGACUCACUCAUGGUUCUGUAGAGUGGUGAAUCCACACUGUGACAGACCAGAGCCUCACUGCUGUUACUGAACUAAUACUUUAAAUACAUCUGUUUUUUAAAGUGGAGAACAGGUGCUUUUGCAUUGAAAAACUAAAAUAUUUAUGACUGUUUUUUUAAGAUUUACAUAUUUUAACCAUCUGAACUGCCUUGGUAGAAACCCGAGACAAAGAUCAGAGGGACUACGACCUGAAUCAGAUCAAUUUCUUACCUCAAACAGAACGUGUGCUGCUUUUUAGAGCAACGACUGCACAAUGGAAGUGAUUUCCUGUAGAGCUCCAACACCUGUAAGAAGCAUGUGAAUGUUUAUUGGUUGGUGUAAAAACUGGAAUUAAAAGCGUGCGAUCUUG